AACAAGAGCUUUUCAGUUUCCACCCCUAGUCACGUCGGCGACGUUUCCCGCGCCGCCCAGCGUCGAUCUCUGGUAGAAAAUAGUGAAGGAAAUGGGUCGGUUUGGGGUGGAAUUGCUACUCAUAAUCUUCGCCAGCCUGACAGUUCUCGGCUUCUUGCUGACAGGUAUUGCAUUUCAGUUGCACUCAAUCACGUGACUCCCUACUGGCCCUACAUCAGUGAUACUGGCGGAAAACCACCUGAAAGCUGUGUGUUUUCUUUCAUCUGCAACACUGCCGUCCUUUUUCAACUCCUAAUAGUAUACUUGCGCUACAAGUCGGUCCAUACAUUCUACGCCACGCAAGUCUCCACGUUUUGUCUGCCGUUGAAAGUCUUCAAUUUCAUUGGGUUAAUCGUCGGACUGGCAUCUUCAUUCGGGUUUCUGCUUGUGGCAAACUUUCAGAAUGACUAUGUUCCAGCAGUUCAUUUCCUCGGAGCGUUUGUAGUGUUCUCAGCGGGAAUGCUCUACCAGUGGGUCCACACCUACAUCACGUACCGAGUGUACCGCUCCGGAGUGGCCGGGCAUGUCGGGGUCGGCUGGGUCGUUGCCCAGGCGAUUAUCAGUCUUCUAUCACUCGUCUUCUUUGUUGGAGCUACUCUGUUUGCGGGUCUGGCUGGUAGUCGUCGUCGUCAUCAUAUCGGCCACGGUACAUUUCAUUGGUCAACUCAUGAUGGGGGUUUCGCAUAUCACGUCCUCAGCUCAGCGUGUGAAUGGGCGAUGAGUACGACAUUUCUGGUAUACUUCCUCACUUUUCACCCCGAUUUCAAACGAAUGAAGAUCGACAUUGUGGUUCGUCGCAGAUCAUCG